GAUCAAUCGAAACCAUACGACUCGAAGAAAAAUGUAUGGAUUCCGGAUGCGGAAGAUGGUUAUAUUGCUGCGGAAAUUAAAGCUAGCAAGGGUGAUUCAGUUACUGUAGUUUCUGUUCGUGGAAAUGAGGUUUCUUUCAUUAUGCAACUUCUGUAA